GCUCUCGCGGACCCUGCGCGCGCACGCUCUGGUUGUGAGGUUUGCGCGCCGCCGCUCGCUGGAGGAGAGGAGAGGAGAGGAGAGGAGAGGGAUAGUUGUCACACCGAGGGGCAAAGAACUCCGCGUUUCCAAUGAAUAACUGCCCCUUCCGAGCGACCCCCAGCUGACGCACCGCCCUGCGCGAACACACGCCGACGGAGGAGCGACGCGAUCGUACGAGGAGUGUCUGGUGUUGUUCCUCUUCUUCAGGAUGGCUCAGCCGAUCUCGUGUGCUCAGAGCAGUAACGGAGUGGCUGAUGAAUCUCCUAACAUGCUGGUCUACAGGAAAAUGGAGGAUAUCAUCGCUCGAAUGCAGGACGAGAAGAACGGGAUUCCCAUCCGGACCGUCAAGAGCUUCCUCUCCAAGAUCCCCAGCGUCUUCUCAGGGUCUGAUAUCGUUCAGUGGAUGCAGAAGAACCUGAACAUUGAAGACCCAGUGGAGGCUCUUCAUCUGGGGACUCUGAUGGCGGCUCACGGUUAUUUCUUCCCUAUCUCAGACCACGUUCUCAUGCUGAAGGACGACGGAACCUUCUACCGCUUUCAGACUCCGUACUUCUGGCCGUCAAACUGCUGGGAGCCAGAAAACACUGACUAUGCGGUGUAUCUCUGUAAACGAACGAUGCAGAAUAAAGCUCGUCUGGAGUUGGCAGAUUAUGAAGCUGAGAGUUUGGCGAGACUACAGAGAGCGUUUGCACGGAAAUGGGAGUUUAUAUUUAUGCAAGCAGAAGCACAAGCAAAAGUGGACAAGAAGCGGGAUAAGAUAGAGAGGAAGAUCUUGGACAGUCAGGAGCGGGCGUUCUGGGAUGUUCACAGACCUGUGCCUGGCUGUGUGAACACGACUGAAGCCGACAUAAAGAAAUCCUCCAGGAUGAAGCAGCCACACAAAACGCGAAAGUCGGUGUACGGUCUACAGAACGACGUCCGCAGUCACAGUCCCACUCACACGGCCGCUCCAGAGGUCAGAGAGCCCACGGAGGACGAGCUCCGCUGCCAGAUCCAGCACUGGCAGGCGCAGUUAGACAGACACCGAUUAAAAAUGUCCAAAGUUGCAGAGAGUUUGUUGAGUUUCUCGGAGCAGUACACGGAGUACGACCCGUUCUUCACCACACCAGAGCCGUCCAACCCCUGGAUCUCUGAUGACGUCACUUCCUGGGAGCUGGAGGCCAGUAAAGAAGCCGGGCAGCAGCGGGUGAAGAGAUGGGGAUUCUGCUUCGACGAGGUUCUGAAGGAUCCGGUCGGGAGAGAACAGUUCCUCAAGUUCCUGGAGUCCGAGUUCAGCUCCGAGAACCUGAGGUUCUGGCUGGCGGUGCAGGAGCUGAAGAAGCGUCCGAUCCGGGAGGUUCCCAGCAGGGUGCAGGAGAUCUGGGAGGAGUUUCUGGCUCCUGGAGCUCCGAGUGCCAUCAAUGUCGACUCCAAGAGCUACGACAAAACCACGCAGAACGUCAAAGAUCCCGGCCGAUACGCUUUCGAAGACGCUCAGGAGCACAUCUAUAAACUGAUGAAGAGUGACUCGUACAGCCGCUUCAUCAGGUCCAGUGCCUAUCAGGAGAUGCUGCAGGCCAAGAAGAAGAAAAGCAAGAAUCUUUUCUAGGGUCUGAAUGUCAGACGCCGCCAGCGCUUGUAAAACCACGCAAACGUCACGUUCCUCGUCUGUUCAUGAACGCUGCAUGACACACACACUUCACCUGGUUCUGGAGCUUCUUCACAAAGCCUCGGAGAUCCUCGGUUCUGAAAGCCUUUCUUACGCUUCGUUUGCCUUUUGCAUCUCCACCGCAUCUGAGCUUUUAUAAUUAUUUUUAUAUCUCGGGACCAUGUUUCUGUUGUUUUGCUCCUGUGAGCUCAGGCCAUCACUGCCGUUUGACACAGCGGGUUUGGACUCUAAGGAGACGCAGUAAUAAUAAUGAUAAUAAUAUUCGGACACCAUCUGUACAUUAAACAUGACGAUGAGAUGAUCUGAGAUCUGCUCCACAUGGUAUUUCAUUCUCGUUUGGUUUCUUCAGAAGACGACUGUGAUCCAAAGAUUCUCAGCCGAGGAACCCUCUUGCGUUUAUCUUAUAGAUCCUGUACAUACAUCCACAAAUACACGAAUAAAGGGACUGGAGACGAAAAGAAAA